GCCUAGUGUGUGUUGGCACUUCUAGUGGGUAGGUUGGCCCAGGAGGCGCGCGGGAACAGUGCAUGACUGGAGACGUAGCCAAGGAAGGAGGAGUACAGUGCCACCCCGCCGUGCCCCUCGUGCACCCCCCGCAAUUGUGACGCCAAAGACUCUAGCCUGUAAAGACUUUAGCAUACAUGCGGACUCUGGCGUCCACGAGUGAACCCUCCGCUGCCCCCGCCCAUCGACACUCGCCGCCCAUGAGCGAGUGAAGAACACCGCCACCACCACCGACACUAACACGACCUCCGCCAGCACCUCCACCUCCGCCACCACUACCACCACCACCACUUGCAUGCAGUAGGGCUUCGCUGUAACCUCGACCAGCACCGAACCCGCACACCGUACGCAUCACCACCGCUUGCAUCACCCAGCGCCACCAUUACCAACGAGGACAGCAGCCCGCAGCCCGCCAUGGAGGGAGACGAGAAGAACAAGGCGAAAGCUGUAGGGGGAGGAGGCGGCGGCGAAGGCGGAGGGCUAGAGAUGACGCAGUACGGCCUCAAUGGUACCUCGCUCCCGCAGACGCCCAACGAUGCCGCCGUUCAACCCAAGGGUCUGGACCCCGAGACGGCCUUGCGAGGCGCCUGGAGCAACCAUUUGGACUUUAUCCUUUCUCUAGUCGGUAACGCCAUCGGUAUCGGCAACGUGUGGCGCUUCCCCUACCUCUGCUACAAGAACGGCGGCGGCGCCUUCCUCAUUCCCUACCUGCUGACGGUGUUCUGCUGCGGGGUGCCCACCUUCUUCCUGGAGGUGUCCAUGGGGCAGUUCCUUGGCACAGGAGGUCUUACGGUAUGGAGAAUCAGCCCCAUCUUCAAGGGUGUGGGCUACGGCGCCGCGGUAAUGUCAGUCUGGCUCAACAUCUAUUACAUCAUCGUAUUGUGCUGGGGCCUCUUCUACUUCGUCAUGUCUCUCACUUCAGAGCUGCCUUGGGGCGCGUGUGGCAACUACUGGAACACGGAGACCUGCGUGUCGCCCUACAAUCGCAGCUCCCUGGAGUGUUGGGACGAGAGUUUCAACUCGACGGCCACUGAGAGUUUCUGUAAGCUGGGCAACCUGUCUCGUGUCAGCGUGCAGAACCUUAGCGACCCCGUCAAGGAGUUCUGGGAAAAACGCGCCCUGCAGAUCUCCGACGGCAUUGAUCACCCCGGCAGUAUACGCUGGGAGCUGGCCCUCACACUGCUGGUGGUCUGGAUCCUCUGCUACUUCUGCAUCUGGAAGGGAGUCAAAUGGACCGGCAAGGUGGUGUACUUCACGGCUCUCUUCCCCUACAUCCUGAUGUUCGUUCUCUUCAUCCGCGGAGUGACGCUGCCGGGAGCAAUGACUGGCAUCCGCUACUACCUUAUACCUGACGUGGAGAAGCUCAAGGACAUCACGGUGUGGGUGGAGGCUGUGUCGCAGGUGUUCUGGUCUUAUGCUCUCGUGUUGGGAUCCCUCAUCGCCCUGGGGUCCUACAAUAAGUUCCACAACAACUGCUAUCGGGACUCCCUCAUCCUGUGUACCAUCAACUCUUGCACCUCCUUCUUCGCCGGGUUCGUCAUCUUCUCGGUGGUGGGCUUCAUGGCGGAGCAACAGAAGAAAGAGGUCGCCGAUGUGGCUGCCUCAGGACCUGGUCUCGCUUUCCUCGCUUACCCUUCGGCGGUGCUGCAGCUGCCGGUGUCGCCUCUGUGGUCCGCCCUCUUCUUCCUCAUGUUCAUUAUGCUGGGACUCGACUCUCAGUUCUGCACCAUUGAGGGUUUCAUCACGGCCGUGUCUGACGAGUGGCCCAAAUACCUCCGCAAGUACAAGGAACUCUUCAUCGCCAUCGUCUGCGUCCUCUCUUACAUUGUUGGAUUGUCCUGCGUCACUGAGGGUGGAAUGUACGUGUUCCAAGUGCUGGACUCGUACGCCGCCUCAGGGAUGUGCCUCAUCUUCCUCAUCAUGUUCGAGUGCAUCGCCAUUGGCUGGGGCUACGGCGCCGACAAGUGGUACGACAACGUCAAGGAGAUGAUCGGGUACUACCCCUUCUUCUGGUGGAAGAUGUGCUGGAUGUUCGUCACCCCCGCCAUCUGCUUCGGUGUGUUCAUGUUCAACGUCGUGAUGUGGUCGCCGCCUAAGUACGUGGACUACGAGUUCCCGGGAUGGACCCACUUCGUCGGCUGGCUGAUGGCUCUCUCCUCCAUGACUUGCAUCCCGGGCUACGCCAUCUACAAAUUCGUCACCUCGCCUCACCCCGGGACUUGGCAACAGAGGUUAUAUGCCAUCACACGGCCGGAGGUGGACCUCAAUGCCCUGAAGAAUAAGUAUGGAAGCAGGGAGAGCGCCACACCAGUUUAGAGAAUUCGUCAGCACACCACCACCACCACCACCAUCCUCACCCGCUUGUGCAGGGCGUGCGUCAAUCCGGCUGGGACGGCUCUUUCAUAGGUACAGUUUGUGAGGGUUAAGAAACGCGGACAACAUCAGACAGACAGAGAGCCGACCAGGAAGACCUGCAAGGGUGCAACCUCAGAAGCUUGGUGUAAGUUGUGGCGUCAGGUCAAAGAGCACGCAAUAGUCACACGGUGGUCAGCUUCCCAGGGCGGGUCAUGGGAAGCAGCAGCAGGGAGCCAGGUGGUCACAGUGGCGUUCUGUGCUGUACCGCCGCCCAUGGUAUGCUAUGGCUAUGGCUGCUCCGUAAUUUAGCCUUUUCCUUGUUGAUAAAUGACAGAAUACCUUAUAUUUAUAGACUUAAUGUAUGAACAAUUUAGCUUUGUUUUUGGAUGAAAUGCUUUAAAAGGAAGACCAGGUGUUGUAGCGAGUGGAGCUGAGUGUUCAGCCUGUAGGACCACGAGAACCACUCACCCUCUCGGCUGCAGGAGGAACUAGUCAGAAAUUAAUUUAAUCUUUCCCCUCAGUGUUUUUAACUGUUACUUGGCUCAGCACGUCUCCUCAGCAUACUGCUGCUUCCGUCACUGGAACCUCGAUCCAAGUGACUUUAGUUCAUAACUGUGUCUUAGAAGUUCAGUGGCCCAGCGCGCGCCAGGGGCGGCCAGUGUUGCUGAUCCACUGCAGCAGUCCGGCGCGGUUGGGGACCGGAACUUUACCUCACAUCUUUAUGGAGACAUUUAUGCAUCGUGUUUGCACCGUAAUGAUAUUUGUUGUACAGUUUGAAUGUUUAUAGUUGAAAUAUAUAGAUGGCGCUUCGGCCAAGUAAAAUGUUUGGAUGUAUUUAAACAGCUGAAACACUUGAGAGAAUUAUAAUCAUUAGUCUUGCCUUAUCGCCUUUUCCCUUUCGACAGAGAAAUACUUUUGUGCUCAGAAAGCAAGACAUAGAGUAAUACAUAUUUUUUAAUUUUCAAAGUUUGGACUAACUUAUAUAUAAACUUCAGAAUAGUAUAUUUCGCUGAAUACCAAUGAUAAAUGAAGGCAUUGCAGGGUGUAGCCCUAUUAUUUAUUAAGCAGUACGUAGUGUUCGUGAGGCGGGUGGCGCCACACUCACGGGCCGCAGGUCACUGUACAGUGUACGAUUACAAACAGACGCACUUGUGUCGAGCCUCAGCAGCCCACAGGACGCCCAGCUGCUCCAUUUCUACGUAAUUAAAGAGAAACGCUUACAAAAGAAACGAAAAAAAAAAAGUGUAUCAAAAUUGACCAAAGAAUAAUCGAUUGAGAUGUUUCAUGUUUUUUCUUGGUUCCGGCAGCGGCGAUGCAGCGCCAGCCUGGGGCUGCUGAGGCGGAUUCCCACAGUGCCUCUAGCAAGAUUACUUUGCAAAGGGCUUCCAGACGGUCUUCCAUUUUUCAGGAUACUUGUGCAUAUCAAAAUGAUAGGUAAUAUUAGUAGUUUGAACAAACCUUGUAAAACGUUGUUCUGUAGAGUAGGUGUUGUUGUCGCGGGACCAAGGCAACGAAUGCCCAUUGGGUCUUCCAGCUUGUAAAGGAGGAAAUAGUAGGUAGUGGUCCGUGGACGCCCCUACACGUAGACACUUCAGUAUCGUGACCUUGUUGUCAAGUCGCUACGGUUCAUAAGUUAGCUUUGUCUUCCAUGUUGUUGGCCCCGUCUCCACAUAGGUCACAGUAGAUUGUAUGCGAGCAAUAACACCACAUAAUAUUGCAGUCGAUUCCCUGUACUAAGCGUUGUAUCUAUACCUCUGAGUCCCCUUUUCUGGUCCUAGACUAUUCCUCUGACCAUCCUGAAGUCACUUGAUGUGCUCUUGUUGAAUCUAGUUACGUAGGCCGUGCUGAUGAAGCUUCUUGUCUUCGUUCUCUCUGUCUUACCUUCAUAUACAUAUAUUAUACAUAUAUAGAUGUUCGGGUUUUAGCCAAUGAGAAUUCUUCAUCAAUGGAACUGGAAUAGAACUGCCAAUAAGGUGAUGGUACUGUUGGAGCCUUGCGUGCCCCACCAAUCAACCAUCCCUCCAGCCAAUCAGCGCACGAGUAGGAGUGUGACACGCCUCGCUCUGGCUCCUCCCUUUUCUCAGAUGCCCUCUUCUGAUUGGCUGAAACUUUUUUUUUUUUUUUUAACUUUGUAAAUUACAUGCACUACCAAAAUGUGAAUUAUGUAAUGAAGGUAUGUUGGUUUUGUGUACAUGUUAUGUGUUAAGACAAUGUUUUGCACCGACUCGUUAAAAAGUACUCAGUAUCUAUUAUAUUAUAAGAAUUUAGUGCUUAAGAAAACUUCUAUCUUCUUGAUUGCGUGAAACUUUACUGUAAAACUUUGGUGUUAGGUUAUGCAUGUCUGGAGGUAUCCUCAACACUCUUGUCAGAAGACCUGGUUGUUCAAGCUUUGUUGUUUUCCUACACACACGCAGGCAACAUCAGCGCGAGUACAAAAGAGGCGAUCCCACAGCCCCGAGCAGGUAGUGCCGCUAACGACCACCCUGACUCUUGUUACAUAUCACACAGGUAAACUUACCAGUCUUCAGUAGACCAGUGUUUAGAUACUAACCCUGGACUGCACGUGGGAAAUUUAUACUUUUGGGGACUGUUGAAGUCAUAGUUUUGCAGGAGGCUUGCCGGGCAGGACCAGCGGUGUGCCUCUGCCCUGCUGGCCUGCACGCGGCACCUCCACAUUUUUGUACAGCUGGUCUCGCUGGUCUAACAAGUAGUGUAAAACUUAUAAGAACAUUUGUUGAUUACCAUUAUAAUGUGGCUUUAAUUAGAAGUUGGUAUAUGUACAUAUGUUUGUGUGUAUGCAAGCGUUAGUAGAGGAACAAUCACUUUAAAGAAUCACUUCUCACCAUCAACAAACACACAAACCAACACGUAAUGUCAACAAAGCUUAUGUAUCUCUCACACGUUUCGCAAUUUCUGGAAUUGUAUCUACACACUAUGUAUCUAACUAUCUUUAUCUUCUGUGGCUUCAGUCUGUUUAAGAACAUGAAGAUGUAAAACUUAAUCUUUGAAAUAAAAUAAAAACAGAAAAA